GUCAUGGUAAUAAUAUAAAUGGUCCAUUAAAUGGUGGUAAUGUGAAUGCAAGUGGUGGAGCACAAACUCCCGGUCCAUAUAUGGGUGCGUCAAGUCGUUACUCGAAUUUAUCGUUUUGGAAAGCACGUCGUGUUAUAUUUUAUCGUAAUGGUGAUCCAUUUUUUCCCGGUGUUGAAUUAAGAUAUCGUCCUGGUCGUGAUAUUACAUCAUUGGAUAAUUUAUUAGAUAAAAUAUCACCAAAAAUUGAUUUACCUCGUGGUGCUCGUUAUGUAUUUUCAAUGGAUGGUGAUCGAAAAUAUAAUUUAGAUGAAUUAGAAGAUGGAGCCUCAUACGUUGUUUCAUCAUUUAAGUCAUUUAAGCCUGCCAGUUACGGAAAAAAGAACGGUAUGUGGUAUGCAUCACCUGGUAAUCAAGGAUGGGGAUCAAAACCAGCUAGUCGUAAACCAUCGAUUAUGGAAGCUGAUUUAGGUACAUUAUCAUCAACGACUGGCUCUAUUAAACGUAGCGCUGGUCGUGUAAUUAGAAUAGUUAACAAUUUGGAUCAUUCGGUACAGUGUCGAGUACUCUUAAAUUUGCGUACAUCACAGCCAUUUGAAGAUGUUUUGGAAGAUUUAGGGCAAGUAUUGAAAAUUAAUGGAGCACGAAAAAUGUAUACUGGAACCGGUCAAGAAGUUAGGAGCUUUUCCCAGCUUCGUAAUGAAUUUGCUGAUGUCGAUACAUUUUAUUUAGCUACCGGACCAGCGAUAGUUGCUGGUUCACCGAUACGACGUUCUAGAUCACGAGCUGCCCUGACAGCGCCAAUACCCAUCGCACAAGAUGAUUUACCGAAAAUUUCACCACAUGUUCAACGUUCACGUAGUAAAAGCCGUCCAAGGAUAUUGUAUGCUCCAGAAAGUGAAAUUGUUAGACCAAGUGGUGAAUACACAAUGCUAGACAUUAUGAAAGAAGAACCAACAAAAGUUACGAUAAGAGGUUUAAGAAGAACGUUUUAUCCACCAAUACAUCAUGCUCCUGCAGAUAAUUCACCACCAGACAAAAAAUUAUUAUUGCAAUGGGUGCAUGGUUACCGAGGAAUUGAUGCACGAAGAAAUCUUUGGGUAUUACCAUCAGGAGAAUUACUAUAUUAUGUUGCUGCAGUUGCUAUCCUACUUGAUAGAGACGAAGAAGCCCAAAGACAUUAUACAGGCCAUACAGAAGAUAUUAUGUGUAUGGACGUACAUCCAUCCAGAGAAUUAGUAGCAUCAGGUCAAAGAGCUGGACGUGACAGAAAAUCACAAGCACAUGUUAGAAUUUGGAGUACUGAAUCUUUACAAACGUUGUAUGUAUUUGGUAUGGGUGAACUAGAUUCAGGUGUUACAGCGGUAGCAUUUUCUCAAUUGAAUGGUGGUAGUUACAUAUUAGCAGUUGAUGCCGGGCGUGAGAGUAUUUUAUCUGUAUGGCAAUGGCAAUGGGGUCAUUUACUCGGAAAAGUUGCGACUUUGCAAGAAGGAUUGUCAGGUGCUGCUUUCCACCCACUUGAUGAUAAUUUAAUUAUCACUCAUGGUCGUGGUCAUCUAGCAUUCUGGCAUCGACGUAAGGAUGGUUUCUUUGAACGUACCGAUAUUGUUAAACAACCUUCACGUACACAUGUUACAAGUGUUCAAUUUGAACCAGAUGGUGAUGUUAUAACAGCUGAUUCAGAUGGAUUUAUAACUAUAUAUAGUGUUGAUUCGGAUGGAGCAUAUUUUGUACGUACAGAAUUUGAGGCCCACAAUAAAGGUAUAGGAUGUUUGAUAAUGUUAUCAGAAGGCACUUUGUUAUCUGGUGGUGAAAAGGACAGAAAAAUUGCAGCAUGGGAUUCAUUACAAAAUUAUAAAAGAAUUGCAGAUACAAAGUUACCUGAAUCGGCAGGCGGAGUGCGAACGAUUUAUCCUCAAAGACCAGGUCGUAAUGAUGGUAACAUAUAUGUUGGAACCACACGCAAUAACAUUUUAGAAGGAUCAUUGCAAAGACGUUUUAAUCAAGUCGUAUUUGGUCAUGGUAGACAAUUAUGGGGUUUAGCAGCACAUCCUGAAGAUGAAAUGUAUGCAACAGCUGGUCAUGACAAGCAUAUAGUUUUAUGGCGUAAACAUAAAUUAAUUUGGACCAUACAAACUGGCUAUGAAUGUGUUUCAUUAGCUUUUCAUCCAUUUGGUACUGCAUUGGCAACUGGCAGUACCGAAGGGCAUUUAUUGGUUAUAAAUUCUGAGAAUGGUGCUGUUAUGUUAACUUUAAGAAUAUGCGGAUCCCCCAUAAAUUGCAUCGCAUAUAAUCAAGUUGGUGAUAUGAUUGCAAUGGGAUCACAAAAUGGAAGUAUUUAUUUAUUUAGAGUAUCACGUGACGGUUUUUCAUAUAAAAAAGUAAAUAAAAUUCGUGGUUCACAACCGUUAACACAUUUAGAUUGGAGUGUUGAUGGAAAUUAUGUUCAAACUGUUACAAUUGAUUUUGAUUUAUUAUUUUGGGAUGUUAAAUCCUUAUCACCCGAACGUAGUCCAAUUGCUAUGAAAGAUGUUAAAUGGUUAACACAUAAUUGUACCGUAGGAUUUUUAGUAGCUGGACAAUGGAGUAAUCGUUAUUAUACAAAUUCAUCAACAAUUAUUACUACAUGCAAUCGUUCAGCUAAUCAAGAUAUUUUAAUGUCUGGUGACACAGAUGGUUAUUUAAGAUUAUUUAGGUAUCCAUGUAUAUCUCCACGUGCUGAAUUCCAUGAAACAAAAGUUUAUUCAGGUAUGCUAGCAUCCGUCAGAUUUUUGUAUGGUGAUCGUACAAUAAUAACAGUGGGCGGUACAGAUGCCUCAUUAAUGGUUUGGGAUUUAGUUGAAGAAUAGCCCAUAUGGCCACCGUGGCAUCAACGUUUAUAUUUAAAUGCAUUGUACCCAACAUCGACCGAAGCACGUUACGUUGACUAUUGGCGAGGUCAACAGCAUCAUCGUCCUAGUAUACAAUCUUCAAAUAUUGAGGAAUCUGAUUCUGUCGUUGA